AUGUCAUCACCAGCUACAUCAACUACAGGAGACGAUGGGUCUACGCUCAAGGUAUACGGAAACAAGUUAACGUAUAGAGAAGUUGGAUCUGACGAUGCGACAACUUACGACUAUGCCGGCUCUUUUUACGUCGCUCGAGGCGAUGAUCAUAUCAGUCACAAAGCUGAAAGUGGCGAUAUAACCAUCACCUUCUUCAAGGAAAGUCCAGGUAUACCCUUACCCAUCCCUUCAACCGCCCUGUCCAACAGGCUGAUGGGUCGAUCUAACCCCAAUAUACCUCUACUUGGCUCUCGUCCUACAGGAAUUCAAUCCGUUCGCUCGAGGACCCGACCGAUCCGGCCCGGUCGACCUAUAGACCCACAGCAAAUUGACUGGUCAUUAAUCGAUCUCCCAUCAAUCUCAGUUCCAAUCGACAGAAGAGAGCCAGACCUUGUCCUGCGGUAUAAGCCCAGCCGAGGUACAGAUGCAUCCUCUCAAAUUUCGGAUGCCCAACCUGAUAUGACCCUUUAUACCAAUAACCUCGAGCUGGGCGAUCACAGAUUCUCUUUCCACAAGGAGCUUUCCACUCAUCCAGGUCAUAGUUACGACCCAAGAUCAUGUAGUAGUAUAUCCGGAGGGUCCAUCGGAAUAGGUUAUAUCUGUCAUGAUGGAGAUGAAAGCUUCACAGAACGUAUGGAAGUCUAUAAGCCUAACAGUGCAGAGAGUGUCGGGCAGAUCAUUACUGCUAUUGGUACUUUUCACAGGACUCUCCCAAGAGACGUUUAG